UUAACCCAUGGAGCUAUCCCAAUUCAAUUUUCUUCCAGCAACAACUAGGGUUAGCAGAUCUGGAGAUGGUGGCUUCGCCCAGCAAGACGCCCUCGUUCCGCGCACGGCCGGCGACCAGCGACCGGCGCGACUAAUUACUCUCCAGCGGCUGCCUUCUCUCCUCUCCGGCGGGUGGCCCACUGCGCCAACCCACCACGACGCCCUUGUUCCCGCAGGGCCGGCGACCGACCGGCGCAGCUAAUUUCGCUGUGGCAGCUGGCUUCUCUCCUCUCCGACGGCUGGCGCACCGCGCCAAUCCUCCUCUGAGCGCUCCCCACAUCGAAUUGGUACUGGAUCCGGGUCCGAAGUAGCUAUGGAAUGCCACAGUGAAUUGAGCAAGGCUCCACCUUUGGCUAUUUGCGAUGUCCAGUCUGAUGCAGAAUCAGCCAUCCACACUAGACCAAGUUCAGAAAAUGUAUUCACCACACCACAGAAAAUGUACAGUGCACCAUUCUGUGGCUCAUCUUGUACUCCAGAAUGUGAUGAUGACAUCAAGCCAGCCAUAGGGAUGACCUUUACAGAUUUGAACGCAGCCAAGGAUUUCUAUGAAGCUUAUGCACAUCAUGUUGGUUUUUCAGUACGUGUAGGACAACAUAAGACAGCCAAUGGUGUCAUUACUCACAAGCGUUUCUACUGUGAUCGUGAAGGUUUCCGCGAGGAGCGGAAAGGUAAGGAAAACUUGUUACUUGGCACUGGCAGUAAGAGGAAAUAUGAGAGGAAAAUCACUAGAUGUGGGUGUGAGGCUAAACUUGCGGUCAAACGUACGGUUGAUAAUAGGUACAUUGUGACUCUUUUCGAACAGGAGCACACACACACACUUGUAUCGCCAACUAAAAAACAAUUCAUCAGAUCAAACAGGAAAGUUAGCAAACAAGCGAAAAUUACAUUAUGGAACUGCCAUAGAGCUAGCAUUGGCACAUCCUUGGCAUACAGGUUCCUUCGUGUAGAUUUGGGGGGGUUUGAGCAUGUUGGUUGUAUGAAGAGGGACUUGCAGAAUUACCACCGGAACCUUAGGUGCCUCAUCAAGUCAUCGGAUGCUCAAAUGUUCGUUGACCAACUUGCCAGAAAACAUCUUGCAAAUUCGGGCUUUUAUUUUGAUUAUGUUCUUGAUGAUAAGGGUAGGCUGGUACAUGUGUUCUGGGCGGAUGCCACAUGUAGGAAAAAUUAUGCUCUAUUUGGAGAGCUUGUCUCCUUUGACUCGACGUACAUCACCAAUCAAUAUAACAUGAUAUUCUUUCCCUUUACUGGAAUCAAUCACCAUAAGGCAAGUGUUUGUUUUGGUGCUGCAAUGUUACACGAUGAGAAGGCAGAUUCCUAUAAGUGGUUGUUCCGCACAUUGUUGAAAGCUAUGGGAGGGGCUGCACCUAGGUUUAUAAUAACUGAUGAAUGCAGUAGCAUGGACAAUGCAAUAAGGGAAGUUUUCCCAGCAGCCACACAUAGGCUAUGCAUGUGGCAUAUUAUGAAGAAGAUUCCACAGAAGGUUGGCCCUGAUUCGAAGACCGAUGAGGAUUUCCAUGAACGGUUAGGUCGGUGUGUGUGGUCUUCUGAAACUCCUACCGAGUUUGAGGAACGAUGGAAGGAAAUUAUGUCGGAGUAUGGGCUGGAAGAUGAUGAUUGGUUCAGUAAAAGGUUCAACCUUCGAGAAUCAUGGAUACCAGCUUAUUUCAAAGAAAUAGCUUUGUCGGGGCUUAUGAGGACCACUUCAAGGUCAGAGAGUGCCAAUUCAUUUUUCUCGCGUAUUAUCGGUUACAAACAUGCUUUGGUUGAGUUUUGGCUUCGAUUUGACACAACUUUGGAAGAACAACGUCAUAAGGAGUUGCAAGAGGACCAUGUCAGCCUACAUACGAUGCCUGUGUUGAAGACAUCUUGGGCGAUUGAAAAGCAUGGCACUGAGGUUUUCACGCAUGAGGUAUUUGAGGAUUUUCAACAUGAGUUGCUUGCUGAUAGGGAUCACUGCCUUGUUGAGAUGAUGACACAUGAAGGUGAGGUGAAAACAGUAACUAUACGUGAUGGUUAUAAGAAAUUAAGGGUGGUAACUUACAACACAACAACCAUGGUAGGUUCUUGCACAUGUAAGUUGUUUGAGACACACGGUAUCCCGUGUCGUCAUCUGAUCCAUGUCCUAAGAACCGCCCAGGUAAAUGAACUGCCAAAGCACUAUGUACUCAAAAGGUUUAGAAAAGAGUGCAAAACAGAGCCAGUCUUUGAUGAAGAUGGCAUCCUGUUGGAAGCCAAUGAGAGCAGUUCAAUUGAUCCAGAGAUACAAAAACUAGUUUCAGAAACACGAGAGAAGAUGGAAGAACUUUUAGUACAAGCGAAGCAAUCUCAGGUCGGCAUACAAUUCUUGAGAGAUCACAUUUUCGCACUUGGAGAGAAAUUGUCUACUCUAGUUCCAGCGAAAGAACAAACUCAAACAGAAGAAUAUGAGGAAUUCCUAGGUUGUUCCAUUCCAAGUGAGGUUGAUAUCCAUCCUCCAAAUGAUAUCCGUUCAAGGGGUAGAAUAAAAAGACUAAAGGGAUACAUGGAUAAGGGUGGAAAGAAAGGACAGAAAGAGAAGAACAAGAAAAAGGAAGUGCAGAAGACAUGAUUAUGGUUGCUUGGUGGCACUACUGGCUUCUGCAAGUUAUUAGGACUAAUAUACUAUGGCGUUGUGUUGUUCUUAUCUAGUGUACUGGAGCCAUUAGCUAUUGGCGCCAGACUUAUGCAAGUUAUUAGCUAGUUUACUGGAGCUAUGUGCUCCAUGACUGAUCGAUGUAUAAAGCUGCAGAUUUGGCAUCAGUUAAUGAUGCUCUAUUUUGUAACCGUGUACUGCAGUAAAGCAUUAUCUUAAGUGACUGUAUAAGAUUGAUGCUGCAUAAUGACACUGUGUUUGAAACCGAACUGAUUGCUUUAAGUUUAUUA